CAGUCCUGUGAGUCACCGUCCGCGCUGGAAUACAGAGAGAGAGAGUGGCGGAUAGCGAACGGGAAAGAACUGGAGCUGCGAGCAUGGCGGUCGAAGAGGAAGGUCUUCGGGUUUUCCAGAGUGUCAAAAUAAAAAUCGGUGAAGCAAAGAACAUCCCUCCAUAUCCGGGUCCGAAUAAAAUGCGGGAUUGUUACUGCACAGUCAACUUGGACCAGGAGGAAGUGUUUCGAACCAAAACCAUAGAGAAGUCUUUAUGUCCGUUCUACGGCGAGGACUUUUAUUGUGAAAUCCCACGCAGUUUCCGCCAUCUGUCCUUUUACAUCUUUGACAGGGACGUGUUCAGGAGGGACUCCAGCAUCGGUAAAGUGGCCGUGAAGAAGGAAGACCUGCAAAAAUACCACGGUAAAGACCACUGGUUCCCGCUGCAGCCGGUCUGUGCAGACUCAGAGGUGCAGGGAAAGGUUCACCUGGAGCUGCGUCUCAGUGAGGUCAUCACAGACAGCGGAGUCGUCUGCCACAAGCUGGCAACACGGGUUUUAGAGUGUCAGGAUCUGCCGAUAGUGAAUGGCCAGUGUGAUCCGUACGCCGCUGUGUCUUUACUUGGCCUCUCCAGGUCAGAAGCCAAGAAGACGAAGGUCAAACGGAAAACCAACAAUCCUCAGUUUGAUGAGGUCUUCUUUUUUGAGGUGACAAAACCGCUGAGCUACACCAAACGACAGUUUGACGUGGAAGAGGACGACGUGGACAAGCUUGCGCUUAAGGUGGAUCUGUGGAACGCCAGCAAUCUGAAGUUCGGAGACGAGUUUCUCGGAGAGGUACGGAUGCCGCUGAAGGUGCUGGGACAGUCGGGUGUUCAUGAUGCAUGGUACUUCCUGCAGCCAAGAGAUAACGGCAAUAAAUCGGUGAAGGCCGAUGAGCUGGGCUCGUUACGACUCAACAUCGUUUACACGGAGGACCACGUGUUCCCCACAGAGCAUUAUAACCCACUCCGAGACCUGCUGCUGCAGUCCGCGCAUGUCAAGCCCGUCUCUGCGUCCGCGGCUCACAUCUUGGGCGAGGUGUGCCGUGAGAAGCAGGAAGCCGCUGUCCCGCUGGUGCGACUCUUCCUGCACUAUGGCAAAAUAGUGCCUUUCCUCAGUGCCAUUGCCCACGCAGAGAUCAACCGCACACAGGAUCCCAACACCAUAUUCCGGGGGAACUCUUUGACGUCCAAAUGCAUUGAUGAGACCAUGAAGCUGGCAGGGAUGCAUUACCUGCGGGUCACACUCAAACCCAUCAUUGAUGAAAUCUGCACUGACCACAAACCUUGUGAGAUCGACCCCGUCAAGCUGAAGGAGUCUGAGAACUUAGAUACAAACAGGGAAAACUUACGGCAGUACGUGGACCGGAUCUUUAACGUCAUCACCAGCUCGGGUGUGAGCUGUCCGACAGUCAUGUGUGACAUCUUCUUUUCGCUGCGAGAGUCUGCGGCGUCACGCUUUCAGGUCGACCCGGAUGUGCGCUACACGGCUGUCAGCAGUUUCAUCUUCCUCCGUUUCUUCGCUCCUGCCAUCUUGUCACCGAACCUCUUCCACCUGCGGCCACAUCACCCGGAUCCGUGCACGUCUCGGACACUGACUCUCAUUUCCAAAACCAUCCAAACACUGGGAAGCCUGGCCAAGUCCAAAUCUGCCAAUUUCAAAGAGUCCUACAUGGCCGCCUUCUAUGACUACUUCAAUGAGCAGAAGUACGCCGAUGCAGUAAAGAACUUCCUGGAUCUGAUCUCGUCCUCGGCCCGCUGGGAUCAGAAGAGCAUUGAGACGCCCAUCAUGCUGAAGGAAGGGAGUGUUAAACUCGUUAUUAAAAGAUUUGAUGCCAAAGGUUCUGGCAGAUUCAUGAUCAAACGAGCUCAAGGGCGAAACCGCUUCGGUCUGAAGAACUUCAAGAAGAGAUGGUUCCGCUUGACCAACCACGAGUUCACCUACCAUAAAACCAAAGGUAACGCAAAAGGAGAGGGUGCUCUGUGCAGCAUCCCUAUUGAGAACAUCCUGGCUGUAGAGAGACUAGAGGAAGAGUCCUUCAAAAUGAAGAACAUGUUCCAGGUCAUCCAGCCAGAGAGGGCGCUCUACAUCCAGGCCAAUAAUUGCGUGGAGGCCCGCGACUGGAUCGACAUCCUAACCAAGGUCAGUCAGUGUAACCGCAAGCGUCUGAGCACGUACCACCCGUCGGCCUACCUCAACGGACACUGGCUCUGCUGCAAGCUGUCUGCGGACACUGCGCCCGGCUGCACGCCCUGCACAGGGGGACUUCCUGCCAACAUCCAGCUGGACGUGGAUGGAGACAGAGAGACGGAGAGGAUCUACUCGCUCUACAGCACGUACAUGUCCAAACUAGUGAAGAUGCAGGAGGCCUGUGGCAGUAAGUCGGUGUACGAUGGCCCAGAGCAGGAGGAAUACUCCACGUUUGUGAUCGACGACCCGCAGGAGACGUAUAAAACCCUGAGACUCGUCAUCUCAGCCGUACAGACACUGGAGCAGCAGCACAUGCAGUACAAACGAGACAAGUUCAGGAAAACCAAGUACGGCAGCCAGGAAUAUCCAAUCGGUGAUCAGAGCUUCCAGUGUUACAUCCGCCAGCAAUCAGAAAGCUCCACCUACUCCAUCUGACCACUCCCACUGCAGACACUGCACAGUCUCCACGGCAACAGUGGCAUCUCAAACAGGAAACUCUUGAGUUGUGAUUGACAGGAAGGUGGCCACAGACAAAAGCUAAACCUCUGGUGCUUUUAUAUGAUUUUAAUCAACCAACAGCUUCCUCUGAAUGGCGUCACACGCACCUGUGGACCAUGUAGCUCCGCCUCACGGCACGUUAUAACAUUUUAUGAUGUUUUUAAGCUAGGAGAUGACCAGAUGUCCUCUAGCUGUGGAUAUUUUUAUAAACAGAGUAUUGGGCCAAAGGACAGAUCCCACAAUCCUUUGCUUUGAAAGGGUUUUUGAGAUGUCGGUGGAUGUGAGACCUGCGGCUGAACCUGAUGAACUGUAACCAUGUUUUUAACUCAUGUAGAAAUAUUCUGCUCUGUUUCUGCCUGCACUUCCCCUUACUCACCCUUGUGUUGUCACGCCAGCUGAAGCAGUGCUGCAUUGUGGGAAAUGUGUCAUGUUGUGUGUGUUAAAGCAUGCAAACGUCCUUAUGCCAGCCGUUUCCAGCAUGUGGCGUGAUGCUAAACCACUUUCUGAUGGUUAGUGGGUCCAGUUGUGUUCAGCAUCACAUUUGUGUUUUUAUACUUUCUGUCGUGUCUUACAGCUUGUGUGUGUGUGUGUGUGUUUGAAUCUGAAGCAAGGUGCAUGAGUGUGUUUUGAUGAUUAAUUAUGAUUAAUAACUCCCAUUUUAUCACAUCACACUUUAUAGAGACCUUUGAUAUGAAUGUGAUUAUUUUGAUGCAUUUCAUGAAAUCUGUCAAGAUCAUGCCCUGCUCAUAUUUCACCCUAAAAUCAAAUCUAUCUAUCUAUCUAUCUGUAUAUAUAUAUAUAUAUAUAUAUAUAUACAUAUACAC